ACGGAAGUGACGGCUCGCAUUCGCAGAAAGAGUUGUUUUGCUUCAUCUUCAGCUAACUUUCAGCCAAGAAGACACCUCUUUUACACUCAAACUUCAAAAUGUCUUCAGACUUUGAAGCCUACGAACAGGACUUUGGAACCCUGACAGCAGAAAUAACAAACAAAAUUGGAAGGAUUCCCAAAUUAGGUGGAGAGGAGAAGACACAGCUGGUUCUAAAUGUCGACAAACAGCUUGAAGAAGUCAGAGAAUUGAUGGAGCAGAUGGAUCUGGAGGUGCGUGAGAUCCCCAUCCAGAGCAGAGGCAUGUACCAGAGCAGACUGAAAAGCUACAAGGGGGAGAUGGAGAAGCUGGAGAAAGACUUUAAAAGGUCACGUAUCGCCUACAGUGAUGAGGUGCGGAACGAGCUCCUGGGGGAAGACGCUGGCUCCUCGGAGAGUCAGAGAGCACAUCUGUUGGACAACACAGAGAAGCUGGAAAGGUCAUCUCGGAGGCUGGAAGCUGGCUACCAGAUAGCAGUGGAAACCGAACAAGUGGGACAAGAGAUCCUGGCUAACUUACACAGUGACCGCGAGAAGAUCCAGAGAUCCAGAGAGCGGCUGAGAGAGACCGAUGCCAACCUGGGCAAGAGCUCCCGCAUCCUAACGGGAAUGCUGAGAAGAAUCAUCCAGAACCGAGUCCUGGUCUUCGUCCUUGGCGCCACCAUCCUCCUUACCAUCAUUCUGGCCAUCUAUUUCAAUGUGCGAGGGCACUGAUCUCCCCCAAUGCUCUCACACACACACACACACACACACACACACACGCAUGAUUAAUAGCGACAAAAGUGUUUGCUCUGGAGUAAUUAGAACAAAUGGUGCCCAUGAAUCACUCUUUCUGGGCCCUGACAGGGGUCUCUCUCUCACUCGCUUUCUCUCUGAGACAGCCCCCUCUGUUUCUUUUAUUGCUAUUGAUAAUAUUCACGGUGUCGUCGUCACUGUACUGCGUUUAGCAUUGGAGAUCUAUCUUUUCCCUGGGUAGAGAGGGCCUGUAAGGGGAUUCAAAUAGUCUAGACGGGUUCAAAUAUGUACAACUUCCUACUGUUGUUCAUUCGCCACUUCCAUGGUCUGACCUAAGGUGUUUGCGGGUCCCAUUUCUAUGUGUGUGUGUGUGUGUGUGUGUGCGCGUGAGUGCUUGUAUAUCUGUACGUGGAGCUUUUCUCUCCCUCUGUCAGACCAACUUUCAACACGUCUAGUCUAUUAGGCGCUCGACUCAACUCUUUGUGUGCAAGAUUAACAUGGGGGCCUACUAUAUGAAUGUACCCAGCCUACUGGCAUGUAGCUCCUAGCUGUCCUCUUUAUGAACUGAACAUACAGCACAGCACAAAGAACAGUGCCUUCAAAUAAGAGGUGGUAUUCAGUCACCUUUUUUUUUCAGCACGGUUGGGCCCGAAUAUGAGAUAUACAUUUGUAGAUGGAAGAUAUAUAUAACCCAUAGAAAAUGCAUGAACAAGUUUGCGUCUGUUUUAGCUCAAGGAAGGAGACCCAGGACUUGCUGGGAAAUCCCCCUUUUAUACACCCUCCUCACAUUACUGACUCCUAUCACUGUUAUCUGACUGUAAGGGGUCUUAAUAGUGUCCAGACUCCAUUUUGUUUUUACACACAAGACAUUAAUAGAGACUUGAUAAUAGUAGGCAACAUACUGUACUAACAGGUGUACAUACUGUACGUAGAAAAAUAUUUCUUUUUGGGGGGGGGGGGUUUCAACAGCAGUUCUGUUUAUUUAUUUAUAAACAUUGUUUUAGAAUUGAUGAUAGACUUUUGGGAUAAGCGUUAAAGAUUAUGUGAUACUAAGUGUAUAUUUUAUGAAGUCUAUUAUAGACGUGAACUGAUGCAGACCAAUCGUCUUUGGCCGGCGAAUCACAUGACCUGUAUAGUAUUGUAUAGUCCAGGACCAAUUGAAACAUGGAUUGCUUUGAUUGUGUGUGAAUUCAGACUUAAGUCAUUAUUAAUAUGAGUGAAAUUGCUCUGUUGUCCUGUAA